AUGCAGUCCCCCCCCCCAGAGACCGGGCCGGGCCCGGCUGCCGGCUCGGGUUUCCUGCGUCUCAGCUCUCACAACUCCGGACUCACAGGCGCUAAAUUUAGCCCGUGUUGGUCAGGGGGUCCGGUCCUGCUCCUCGGGACACUUCUGGACUCCGUCUGGACUCUACCCGGUUCUUCGGCCCGGUUCAUGGACCCGGUCCGGGGCGAACUCUGACCCCCCGUUCCCGCUGGUGCCGCUCGGAUUCUCUUCAAGGUCCAGAAAUGAUUCUACCGGUUUGCCUGGUGGUCCUGUUCAGCUUGCUGGCGCCGCGGUGCCGGGCCGGCUGUGCCGAGGUGGACUCUCUCACGGAGGCCGUGGCGGGUCAGCGGUUCCUGCUCGGCUGCAUCUCCUGCAAGAGCCGGGAGGAGGUCCCGGCUCGGGCCACGGUGGACUGGCACUUCAGGCCGCCGGGCCAGGACCAGUUCUGGCACAUCUUCCACUACGACCACCCCGACGCCGCCGUCCUGCACCAGGACUUCAUGGACCGGCUGACGUGGCACGGGACGCUGAACCCGGACGUCCAGACCGGUGCCGUGUUCCUGCACAACGUGACCUUCAACGACACGGGGACGUACCGCUGCACCUUCAGCCGGGUCCUGUUCCUGAGCCCGACCAACCAGCAGGUCAGCGUGGAGAAGGAGGUGGAGCUGACGGUGGUGGCUGAAGCCAACCGCGAGCUGGCGUCCGUGGUGUCGGAGAUCAUGAUGUACGUGCUGGUGGUGGUUCUGCAGCUCUGGCUCAUCGUGGUUCUGGUCUACUGCUACAACAAGACCUGGGACGAGCACGAGGCCCGCGAGGCCCGCAAGGCCCUGAAGAACCAGAACACGCUGCUGGUGUCGAAGGACAAGUGCGACGUGAACCUGGUUCCUCCUGACGCCUGACUGGGUUUUACUGCCGUUUGAGUGUUUUUAUAGAUAAUUUUGUAGUAAAGAGAUGUAUAAUUAGCUGGCUGAGGUAGAUUUUGAGGGGGGGGUUCCUGCAUGUUUAUGAUGCCCUCCCGGAUCAUUCCCAUCAUCACUGCUCACACUGAGGGAAUGAAACCUUUUAAAGGCACUGUAUGUAGUAAUACCACCCCUUACCACACGGGGGCGGCGUUACUGGAAGUUCUUAUUUCUAGGUUGAAACCAACGAGGAACCGACCUCUGACCUCCAGGAGCCGACUACAAACCUGAUACCAGUUGUUUUAUUGCUGUUGUUUGUCUGAGAUUAAGGAGGUUUUAAGGUUUUUAAAUAAACAAUUAAAUGAA